GUCACGUGAGCGGCGGGGAGUGAGUGCCCAGCGAGCUGCGGGCGGGCUAGUGCUCCGCCGCAGCGACCCGCGGGCGGGCGGGCGAGCGAGCCAGCGCAGGACCCGCGGCUCGGCCCCUGGCCGCCGCCGGACCGAGAGUCGAGCCGCCGCCCCCAGCCCAGCCUGCCCGGCCGCAGGACCGCCGGGGCCUGGCCGCCGGUCCGGCGUGCGCCAAGUUCAGGUGGGAGAGGCGCGGCAGGGUCGGCCGGCCGCGUGGACGCGGCCCCGGGUGAUCAGAGGGCUGGCCGGCCUCGGGGCGCGUGGCCGUGCGCCCGCGCAGCUCUCGGAGGCACCGCGCGAGUGCCGGAGGAAUGUCGGAGGAGCGGGAUGGGCCCCCGCGGAGCCGCCACCGGCACGGCCAGGCCAGCAUGGUGGACCACUUACUUCCAGUGGACGAGAACUUCUCGUCGCCAAAAUGCCCAGUUGAGUAUCUGGGUGAUAGGCUGGUUGGCCGGCGGGCAUAUCACAUGCUGCCCUCACCCGUCUCUGAAGAUGACAGCGAUGCCUCCAGCCCCUGCUCCUGUUCCAGUCCCGACUCUCAAGCCCUUUGCUCCUGCUAUGGUGGAGGCCCGGGCACCGAGAGCCAGGACAGCAUCUUGGACUUCCUAUUGUCCCAGGCCACGCUGGGCAGCGGUGGGGGCAGCGGCGGUAGCAUUGGGGCCAGCAGUGGCCCCAUGGCCUGGGGGCCCUGGCGAAGGGCAGCGGCCCCUGUGAAGGGGGAGCAUUUCUGCUUGCCUGAGUUUCCUUUGGGUGACCCUGAUGACGUCCCACGGCCCUUCCAGCCUACCCUGGAGGAGAUUGAAGAGUUUCUGGAGGAGAACAUGGAGCCUGGAGUCAAGGAGGCCCCCGAGGGCAACAGCAAGGACUUGGAUGCCUGCAGCCAGCUCUCAGCUGGGCCACACAGGAGCCACCUCCAUCCUGGGUCCAGCGGGAGAGAGCGCUGUUCCCCUCCACCAGGUGGUGCCAGUGCAGGAGGUGCCCAGGGCCCAGGUGGGGGCCCCACGCCCGAUGGCCCCAUCCCAGUGCUGCUGCAGAUCCAGCCCAUGCCUGUGAAACAGGAAUCGGGCACGGGGCCUGCCUCCCCUGGGCAGGCCCCGGAGAAUGUCAAGGUUGCCCAGCUCCUGGUCAACAUCCAGGGGCAGACCUUCGCGCUCGUGCCCCAGGUGGUGCCCUCCUCCAACUUGAACCUGCCCUCCAAGUUUGUGCGCAUUGCCCCUGUGCCCAUUGCUGCCAAGCCUGUUGGAUCGGGACCCCUGGGGCCUGGCCCUGCUGGUCUCCUCAUGGGCCAGAAGUUCCCCAAGAACCCAGCCGCAGAACUCAUCAAAAUGCACAAAUGUACUUUCCCCGGCUGCAGCAAGAUGUACACCAAAAGCAGCCACCUCAAGGCCCACCUGCGCCGGCACACGGGUGAGAAGCCCUUCGCCUGCACCUGGCCAGGCUGCGGCUGGAGGUUCUCGCGCUCUGACGAGCUGUCGCGGCACAGGCGCUCGCACUCGGGCGUGAAGCCGUACCAGUGUCCUGUGUGCGAGAAGAAGUUCGCGCGGAGCGACCACCUCUCCAAGCACAUCAAGGUGCAUCGCUUCCCACGGAGCAGCCGCUCCGUGCGCUCCGUGAACUGAAAGCGCCCCGAACCCCAGCCUGUCCCUCACCCCAGAUCCCCAUCACAGCCCCAUUUUUUUAAGCAAUAAUUUAUUUGCCUCCUCCAGAGGGACAUGACAAUGUUACCAGCCCACCUUCUGAAGCCUGGGAGGUGUGAACCCAGGGCCCGCCAACCGCUGCCUUUCUCGGGAGUACUUAGAGCCUCGAACCCCCGUCCCUGGGGGCUGGGCCCCCGGCGCACGGGGCUGGAGGCAGGCCUUCGUGCCUUCGUGCCUUCGUGCCUUCCCGCGGUGGCCAGGCCUCUGCUGCAGCCGCUGGUUGCAGGCAGAGUUUUGGGGACCUGGCCCUUCUCCCACUGGGCUCCCCCAACCUGGGCCAAGGCCAGAACUUUAGUGCUAGGGGAAGAUGAAAUGUGCAGUUUUGAAAUGUUGGGUUCCCGGAGAGAGUCAUGCUGGGGGAGAAGGAAGUAGGCCAGAAGUCCAGGGCUGCACUGUGGUGUGAGGGUGGCUUUGUCUAAAAUGCCUGCUCAGCAUGAUCACCAGAGGGUGUGGGCAGGGCCCUGGAGGGGGGUGGGCAGGACCGGGCCACUGGGGCCUCGUGUGGGAGAGAGGUGAAAAGUGUCCCCCACUGGGGGGCUGGCAGUGCAUGUGCUUGAGUUAAAUGUGCAGGGCAGACAGAGCCAGAAGCGCCUGUACCCAGGGGCUCGACCCCUCCUCCAGUUUCCCAGACAAAUCCAGACACCAGCCUCUAGGGUGGCCUUGGGAGGAGAGGGCCAGGCUGUCCUGGGUGUGAGAGAACUAGAUAGAGCCUCCCAACCCUGAUUUAGAAAUGCAUUCCUUAUUUUGUCUAGAAAUUAAUAAAUGAACUAGCUUGUUUUGACAGGUUUAUUUCACAUCCUAUGAAUGUAUGUAAAUAAACUGUACAUAGGUCCGUCCACAUAAAAUAUCUUUUAAUAACAUAUCAACAUUUGUGUAAAUUUGAAAUUAAAAAAAAUCUAUGAAGCUGGUGUACAUAUGUUACAAUUAUGUAUAUUUUCUUUGGUCCUUCAUAAAAAUAUAUUUACUUUGCCAAUAAAAAGAAAAAGAACUCACA